AUGUUUCAUAAGCUUUUCAUUCUCGCCACGGUCGCACUUACAGUAGUAAAUGCUCAUCCUGGAUCACACGCUAUUGUCAACGCAGCUGCUGCUCCUCAGACCAUCAAGUUGAAGGAAACUUAUCCUCCUGCUUUCAAGAUCCCCACAGCUAAGCCUGAAUGGCUUGAAUUGAUCAAGAACGUCAACAUUACCAAGGCUCCUGUUUACAAGAACCUCAACAAUGCUGGCCCUCAACCUGAAGUUGCAGGCCAAGAUCCUUAUUGUGAUUGGACCUUCACUGGUUGUUUCGGUAAAGAAGAUCUCUACGAAUGUCCCAAGGGUCAAUGGGCUCUUACUUACGACGAUGGACCAUCUGAAUUCAGUCCCAAGUUGUACGAUUACUUGGACAAGGUCAAUGUCAAGGCUACUUUCUUCAUGGUUGGCGGUCAAGUCGUUCAAUUCCCUGACUAUGCUCUUCGUGCUUACAAGUCUGGCCAUGAGCUGGCCAUGCACACCUGGUCUCACAACUACAUGACCACCUUGACCAACGAGCAAAUCGUUGCUGAGCUCAAGUGGAACGAGUUAGUUAUCAAGGAAGUUACUGGCGUUGCUCCUCGCUACUUUAGACCUCCUUAUGGUGAUAUCGAUAACCGUGUUCGUGAUGUUGCCGCUGCUCUUGGUUUUGCUCCCAUCAUCUGGAACCAUGACACCAAUGAUUGGGCUUACGCUUCCAACCCCAAGGUCUUUAAGGAGUCUUGGAUUGAUGGCAAUGUUACCAAGUGGGCCAAUGCCGCCAAGUCUGCUACUGUUGGUGGUAUCUCUCUUGAGCAUGAUUUGUACACUCAAACUGUUGAUGCUGCUAUCCGUAUCUUGCCCAUCCUCCAAAAGGAAUACGAGUUGGUUCCUGCUGGUCAAUGUAAUAAGGUCCCUGUCUACAAGGGCAAUGCUACUGUUCCUACCGCUGCUUCAUCUUCUGUUCCCGUCGCUACUACUACUACCGCUGCUGCCAAGACUACUACUCCUGAGGCUGUUGUUGCCGCCACCACUGCUGCUCCUUCCUCUUCCACUACUCCUAUCGCUGCCAAUGUUGUUGGUUCAGGCGCCUCUUUCACCGGUGCUAGCGCUGUUGGCUUAGGUGUUGCUGUCGUUGCUGCCAUGGCCCUUAUUUAA